AUGCCGAAUAACGAUCAAGAAACACCGCCAAUGGAUGUCACCAUAAUGACAGUAUUAGUAUCCAGCAUAAAUGCUUUAAAAGCCGCCUUGGAAGAACUUAGAAAAGAUACUGCCGAGAGCCAAACCGCCAUCAAAGAUCUCAGCAUCCAAGUAGAAGCACUGCCCAUUCAAAACAGAGACUCCUUGGACACGUCUGCUGACCAUUUCUCAACGCCACCGGUAGGUAAUAAUCUCCUUAUUCCAGCAGGUGAUUUGACGAGCACACGAAUUUACGAUCUGCCAACCUUCUCUGGAAAUGCCGAGGAAUGGCCAUUAUUUUUUGCGAGUUUUGAGGAUACCACUGAGGCCUUCAAAUACAGCAACAGGCAAAAUUUAAUGCGCCUUCAAAAAUGCUUAGUUGGUGCAGCAAGGGAAGCGGUAGUAUCAAUGCUCAUUUAUCCAAGUGAAGUGCCGAAAAUCAUCGAUGAGCUACAGUUCACGUUUGGAAGACCCGAACACAUGGUUAGGUAUCAGCUUAGUAAAAUCAAAGCCAUACCAAUUAUACCAGAAAAUAAAAUCGAUCAAAUUCUGGUAUAUUCGACCAAAGUUCGAAAUGUGGGGUCGUUCCUAAAAGCGUCAAAAUGUGAACGACAGCUUUCAGAUCCAAAUCUCUUGGACGAACUUGUUGUAAAGUUGCCGACCAGUAAACAAUUUGAAUGGAUCAAACACAGUCUAGAUAUAAAGCCGUACGCAUCGAUCGAACACUUUUCAGCUUGGCUGAGCACACUAGCCAGAAUAAUGGGGAAAAUGCCACCACCACUCCAAAGUACUUCCAGAUUGACUCCUCAAGUGGCACAACGUAGAGUAAUGCAUGCAACCGAAACAGUAGCAAGAGAAUUUAAAUGCUGCCACUGUGGAUUAAAUCAUAAACUUGCCAAUUGUGAACAAUUUAAGACGGAUCUAAACGUUGAGGAUCGUUGGACCAAAGUUAAAGCCAAUCAACUGUGUUUCUCGUGCUUGAACAAAGGCCACAGUUCAUUAGUAUGUCGUAUGAAAAAGAUCUGUGGCAUAUCAGGAUGCCGGAGAUACCAUCAUCACAGUCUUCAUGAAGAAAUUCCCCAAUCAAGAUUAAACGCACAGCCAAUCUUGAAUUGUGACACACCAGAUGACACCGGUCAGCUGUUUAAGAUUUUGCCGGUUACCUUGUAUGGUCCUACAGGCAAUAUAGAUACCUACGUAAUGUUCGAUGAAGGCUCAGCUAUAUCCCUUAUGGAAGAAGAUACAGCCGUAACUACGGAAGAAUCUCGAAAAGUUAGUCUGGAAAUCGAAGGUCUAGAAGAAAACCAGCGUUUCAACAUCAAAAAUGUAAGAACUAUUAAAAACCUCAACCUACCUGUCCAGUCAUUUAAGAAGUCGGAUUACAACUACCUAAAGUUCUUACCACUUCAGGAGUACACCGAGGCCAGACCAGUUAUAUUGCUAGGAUUAGACUAUGUUCAUCUUAGUGCUUCAUCAACAGUUGUAGAAUCUGGCCAAACAACACCGAUCGCUGCAAAAACUAAGCUAGGCUGGGUUGCUUACGGACCAAGAACAACAACUCCAAAUCCUAUGUUCCUUCACAUCCGCCAAAGAGACACCAACUUAAAUCAAAUCGUGACAGACUUUAUUGCAACAGAAAACUUUGGUGCAAAUGAAUCGUGUCCAAUUCCUGAGUCAACGCAAAACAUUAAGGCCAAAGAAAUAAUGAAAAAUACUACCAGAAAAAUCGGCAAACGGUAUGAGAUCGGGUUGCUUUGGAGGGAGUUUGUGCCUACACUCCCUAACAGCUUCUCGAUGGCACUGAAACGCCUUAUCAGCAUAGAAAAAAAGAUGAGCCGAGAACCCGAGUUUGCCGACAGGUAUCGUGAAGGUAUAAGGAAAUAUGUUGACAGUGGAUAUGCUAGGAAACUAUUCGAAGACGAGAUAAACAACACAAGGCAUGCAGUAUGGUAUUUGCCGCAUUUUGCCGUUCAAAGUCCGCAUAAGCCAAAUAGAGUGCGAAUAGUGUUUGACGCCGCUGCCACUUCUCAUGGCAUUUCACUUAACUCUGUUUUGUCUAAGGGACCCGAACAGGCAAAACCACUCAUCGGCAUAUUAUUCCAGUUUCGUCAAGAUGUCAUCGGAGUCGCAGCUGAUAUAAGGGAAAUGUUCUCCCAAAUUCGCAUCAUUCCCGAGGAUCAACAUGCACAGCGUUUUCUGUGGAGGGAUGGUGACCAGAAUAAGCCAGUUCAACAAUUCGCAAUGGUGUCAAUGAUUUUUGGAGCAGUUUGUUCACCGUGUUGUGCCGAAUGGAUAAAGAACAUCAAUGCCAAACGAUUUGAAGACACGUAUCCCGAGGCGUCUGCCGCAGUCAUUGGUAAGCAUUAUGUCGAUGAUUUUGUAUGUAACUUUCCAAAUGAAGAAGAAGCCGAACGAAUUUGUAAACAAGUCACCAUCAUCAAUGCAGAAGCAUUGUUCCAGCUACGUAAUUUUGUUUCUAAUUCAUCAAAGUUAGAAACAACAAUGAAUGGAGUGGCCGUUACUGAAUCGAAGAAAAUCAGCAUGGAACGUCAAGCUACAUCGGAAAAAAUUCUUGGAAUGUUCUGGGAUACGACAACAGAUUCCUUCAAUUUUGAAACCAAAUUCCACCGCAUUCCACAAAAGGUUUUAGAAUCUCGUCGACCACCAACCAAAAGGGAACUUCUUGGAAUAGUAAUGGCAAUAUUCGACCCCUUUGGAUUUUUAGCCGACUUUUUGAUUUUUUCAAAAAUCCUGGUUCAAGAAUGUUGGAAAGUAAGCAUUGACUGGGAUGACCCAAUACCUACUGAGCUACAUAUCAAAUGGUCUGCAUGGUGGAACGAGUUUCAACAGGUAAAAGCCUUUCAAAUAUCACGAUGUUAUUCGCCGCAUAUCCGCCUUUCAAACAACACCGAGCUGCACGUAUUCGUAGAUGCCAGCCAAAGUGCCUUUGCAGCCGUUGAUUAUUUUCGUAUUGUCACAGAAAACCGAAUUGAAUUAAGCUUUGUAGCAGGAAAAACUAGAACUGCCCCUAAAAAAUUGAUGUCCGUUCCUAGACUGGAGCUACAAGCAGCCAUACUUGGUUUACGUCUAAGCAGGUCCAUCAUUCAAAGUCACGAGAUCAAAAUAGCGAAAACAGUUUUCUGGAGCGAUUCCCGAACCGUACUCUACUGGAUUCACUCACAUGAACGUAGGUACAAACCCUUUGUUGGCCACCGAAUUUCGGAAAUCAUUAGCAACACCGAUCCGAACCAAUGGCGCUGGGUGCCAACUUCAGAUAACUCAGCAGAUGCAGCCACUCGCCCUACGUUCCCACCGAAAUUCAACUGCAGUAGUCGAUGGAUUCAGGGACCUGAUUUUUUGAAAGACAACGAACAACAUUGGCCAGCGUUCCAGCUAGAAAAAACAAACAUAGCAUCCGAAGAAGAAAUCCAAACGAAGACAGUCUUAUGUUGCCAGCUAAAACGAGUAACCGCAUGGGUGGUAAGAUUUGUGAAAAUUAAGGCAAAAAUCGACGUACCGAAAGGCCCUCUCUUAAUUUCUGAUAUGGUGGCUGCGGAGCAGUUCAUUUGCCGAAUCGUCCAAAAAGAAGAAUACCGUCUUGAGAUAGCCGCUUUGAAAGGGGGUAAAACUAUUUCUAAAUCCAGUUCAAUUUAUGCCCUGACGCCGUAUUUGGACGAAAAAGGUUUGCUGAGAAUUCAAGGCCGAUUAGAUGAAGCACUUUGUCUACCAUACAGUGCACGAAGACCCAUAAUACUGCCACAAAAUCAUACAGUAUCUCGACUUAUUGUUCAAAGUUUCCACCGGAGGUAUCACCACCAAAAUGUCGCUGUCAUCAUCAACCAAAUCCGUCAAAUAUUCUGGAUGCCUCGUUUAAAAACUAUCUUAAAAGAUGUACAAAAGGAGUGUUCAAUAUGUAAGAUUGACAGAGCCGCCCCAAAACCGCCUUUAAUGGGACAACUACCUACCGACCGGGUAACACCCUAUGUUCGACCAUUCACCUAUACAGGUGUUGAUCUAUUUGGACCCUUGAAUGUAUCUAUAGGGCGACGCCGUGAGAAAAGGUGGGUGGUCAUAUUCACAUGCCUUACCAUCCGAGCAGCACAUUUCGAAAUUGCCGAAAGCUUAUCAACAGACGCUUUCAUAAUAUGCCUGAAGAACUUCAUCAACCGUCGUGGGUCACCAGUGUCCAUUCGAUGCGAUAAUGGCACCAAUUUCAUCGGUGCACAGAGGGAAUUGAAGAAAAAUGAAUGUCUCUUGGACACCGAUCGAAUUAUAGACGAAUCCACCAAACAAAAUAUCGAGUGGAUCUUCAAUUGCCCUGCAAACCCUAGUUCCGGUGGAUGCUGGGAACGACUUAUCAAAAUUGUGAAGCUCCUGUUCUCAAAAACACUGAAGGAUGAGGCACCUAGAAUUGAGACUCUUCGAUGUGCUCUUUUGGAAGCAGAAAACAUCAUGAAUUCCCGACCGCUCACUGAAAUUCCGCUGUCCAGUGACCAAGACGAGCCGCUAACACCGAACCACUUUUUGUUAGGGUGUGUUAACUCGACCCAGACACCACAUCCCGUCGACAUCAAAAUAUGCUUACAAAAGCAAUGGCGAAUAGCACAAAACUUGAAGGAUCGUUUAUGGAAGAGAUGGGUUGUAGAAUACCUACCACAACUUUUACGCCGUUCCAAGUGGCAUGACAAACCACCACCGCUUAAAGUCAACGAUCUGGUUAUCAUUUGCGAUCAUAAUCAACCUCGUAGCCAAUGGCAAAAGGGACGAGUUACAAAGGUUGUCCCAGCUAAGGACAGCCACAUCAGAAUAGCCGAAGUGAAAACUGCAAAUGCCCUUCUAAGACGCCCUGCCAAUAAACUAGCUGUUUUGACGAUUGAUGCAUUGCAAAGUGUUGUCAGCGUCAUAGAAAAAUCACUGAAUGACAAGGAAUACACCCUUGCAACGUUCUUGGAUAUUGAGGGAGCCUUCAAUAACGUGAAGAACGAAACAGUGAAGCAAGCCUUGGACGACCACAAAGUCGAAAAGGCAAUAACACAGUGGAUAAUGUGUAUGCUCAGAAAGAGACAAAUUAACUCUGAGCUAGCGGAAAAAAGGAUGAGAGUAAACACAUCCAGAGGCACUCCUCAGGGUGGAGUUCUCUCACCGCUACUUUGGGUUCUUGUCAUGAACGGCACACUCCCUAAAUUAAAAUCAAGUGGUAUAAGGAUAAUAGCCUACGCUGAUGAUCUUGCAUUACCAGCGACUGGCAAGACCCUAUCAACUAUCAGUAAACAAAUGGACUAG